UUGAAACCAGUUUGUCAGAGCUCCUCCUCAAUCGCCGGAUAGAGUAGUAGGCUAACAUAAUUUUGCUCAAUGAGAGCAAGAGGACACGAGAGGAUACUAAAUUUUGACCUGGCGCUCUACCCUUGACGUUCUAUUUGCCUCUAUAUACGACUAAUAUGAAGACAUCGUUUGGGAAGCCAGACCCUGGAAAGCUUCUGGAAUCCUGUGUUGUUUGAAGCCCAAGACAGCACCAUGCAUUGUGUCUGGUGAAAACCAGCCAAUCCAUUUCUAUACCCAACUAUUGAAAGUAUAGACACACACAGCACAUCGAUGGGUUUGGACCAACCCUGCCUAGAUACAGUGGUACAAAGGCCCUUUAUGGGUACAACGUAUAAGAUGCAUGGUCACCAGAACCUGCGUAGGAAGCUGAGGCCCACACGUAUCUUGGGUUUUGUGUUCAGCCUAGUAGCCAUAAGUGCUUUUUCCUUUUCCUUCAGUGCCUUGACCUGGGAUUCAGAGUCCCCCUUGGAAAUGCCUCUGCCCCAGGAGGCCAUUCUUCAGUCUGGCCCAGCUCCCCACAGGACUCUACUUUCCACUCAGCACCAGAGGGACCCAAACAUCUCAGCUGACAUGCCUGUGGCCAUGAGGUCUUCAGUGGAUGGCAAUGAGAGCCAGGGGGACUACCCCACAGACCUGUUCACUCUGGAGGAGAGGCGCCAGGGUGCUGUGGUGCUCCACAUGUUCGGGAUGCUGUACAUGUUCAUCUCUUUAGCCAUUGUUUGCGAUGAGUUCUUUGUACCCGCUCUGACAGUUAUCACAGAGAAGCUGGCCAUCUCUGAUGAUGUGGCGGGGGCCACCUUUAUGGCGGCAGGUGGGUCAGCGCCUGAGCUCUUCACUUCAGUCAUUGGUGUAUUUAUCUCUCACAGCAAUGUUGGCAUUGGGACCAUUGUGGGCUCAGCUGUCUUCAACAUCCUCUUUGUCAUUGGAAUGUGCGCCAUCUUCUCCAGGGAGAUCCUUAAUCUGACUUGGUGGCCCCUGUUCCGUGACGUGUCUUUCUACAUAAUGGACCUGAUCAUGCUCAUCUGUUUCUUCCUGGAUAACUACAUCUCCUACUGGGAAAGUAUUGCAUUGCUGUCAGCCUAUGCGGCCUAUGUGAUCUUUAUGAAAUUCAACAGCAAUGUGGAGGGCUUUGUGAAAGGCUGCAUGAACAAGAAUCAAGUGGUUGAGGUGGAGGUUCAGCCCAAGGCUGUUAGUCCCGUGGCACCAGAGGAUGAGAGCAAGCUGUCGGCUAGACCAAGGCUCCAGAGAGGUGGCAGCUCAGCCUCCCUACACAACAGCCUGAUGAGAAACAGCAUUUUUCAGCUUAUGAUCCACACGUUGGACCCUCUAAGUGAAGAAUUUGCUGAUUCUGAACUUGGGACUUAUGGAAAGCUAAAAUAUUAUCACACAAUGACAGAGGAAGGAAAAUUCAGAGAGAAGGCAUCCAUCCUUCACAAGAUUGCCAAAAAGAAAUGCCAAGUAGAGGACAGUGAGAAGGCCAACGGAGUAGCCAGCCGCUCAGAAAUUGAGACUCAUCAGACCAGGCAACAUUCUUCCAGUCUUCAACUGUCCAAUUUUGAUAAGAACCUGCCAAACAGCUCAAAUGUUGAAGUAGAAGUCACACCACCGAUGAAUGGAACUGCAGGACAAGAGGGGGAAGCUCCGGCUGAGGACGAGGAGGAUGAGGACCAGCCUUUGAGCCUGUCCUGGCCAGAUACCAUGCGCAAACGUUUUACCUACCUCUUAAUCAUGCCCAUCGUCUUUCCACUGUGGCUAACACUGCCCGAUGUCAGGAAACCAACUGCAAAAAAGUUCUUUCCCAUCUCAUUUCUGGGUUCUAUCUGUUGGAUUGCUGGCUUCUCCUACUUAAUGGUGUGGUGGGCUCACCAGGUUGGAGAGACCAUUGGGAUAACAGAAGAAAUUAUGGGCUUGACUAUAUUAGCAGCUGGUACCUCUAUCCCUGACCUAAUCACAAGUGUCAUAGUAGCACGGAAAGGCCUGGGGGACAUGGCCGUGUCCAGUUCAGUGGGCUCCAACAUCUUUGACAUCACUGUUGGCCUACCGUUCCCGUGGCUUCUCUGGUCCAUCAUCAACAAAAUGCAGCCUGUGGCAGUAAGCUCUAACGGGCUGUUCUGCGCCAUUGUGCUGCUCUUCCUGAUGCUCCUGUUUGUUAUCAUCUCAAUCGCCGCCUGCAAGUGGCGGAUGAGCAAACUGCUAGGCUUCAUCAUGUUUGUGCUCUACUUGGUGUUCCUGGUGGUCAGCGUAAUGCUGGAAGACAAGAUCAUUGCCUGCCCUAUAUCCAUCUGAGACCCAUGUCUCUCCCACCCCUGGCACAAAACAUUUACUCCCUAAUAUAAGAUUAAACAAGAAUGGGGAGGGUGAUCAAGAGGAUGAAAGACUACAGAUUUUUUUUUUUUUUACAUCCAAAAAAAUAAAGGCUUAUAACAUGGCUUUGCCUAAUUAAUUGGAUGGCUAAACCUGAGUGGAAGACCUAGAUAAUUGAUAUGAUAUAUAGUUUUUAAUAUUAUUAACAUUCACAUUUCAUUUAUUUUGAGGGGAUAGACAUGUAGAAUAUGGAGGGUUGUUGUUUUUUAGGAUGAAGGGGUGGGUGUAUUAUCCAGGUAGAGAAGCAGCUAUGCCAUCUUAUGCAUAACACUUUUACUUGAUCAGUGGAUUCUGGACUCUUCCUAGUAGAUUGAGGAGGCUGACCUAAUGUAGACUUUGAGGUCAGGAAGUACACAAAAAGCUUAUGACGAACGUAUGCAAACUGAGCUUAGCCCAAAAGACCAGAGAUGCAACAAUAUUGUUCCCUAUUUCAGGACUGAUUCUCAGAACUUUUCUAAUCAGAAUUCGGCUAAACUGAACUUCACAGACUGACCGGAUGACAUCACAUACUCAAGUAUGUAUUGUUCUAGUGAGUGUGAUGACAAACAACCCUUGGAAGAGCGAAUGUGGCUGAUGCUUCACAAGGCUUGGAUUCACUUAAGACUAAAGUAUGGUUUUGAGCCAUGAACAAGUCCUCUGUUGUGAACAUAGUGACCGAGCAUCAUAAGAAGAAGCGGUCCAAGGCAGUUUUGCAUGCAGAGCUGGAGAUAACAAUAGAUUUUUGCUGUACAAGUCUGUACAAAAGACUAAAGUUCACAUUUUCCCGGCCACUUUCCAGAUGUCAUUGCUCCCAAUGUCUCAUCAGAAGAUUAAUGUCAUUUUUUUAGUACUGUAGCACUGUACUGUAGCAGUAAUAUGUACUGUUGGUGUUGGAUCUAGACUCAUCUUGGGUCAUGGUCAGCCUAUGUAUUAUCCUCACUUCUCUACCUGUCAUUGGACAUAAGAAUUCAUAUUGUACAGAGCUUGCCAUGCAUUACACACCAAAUGGUAAAGUAAAAAUAGAAAAUAUUUAUUUGGAACCCAGUUUAAUUGAUGGCAGACAAAGGAGAAACAUCACAAAGUCUGAUUCAAUGUUAACGCUGCAAUGUACAGUAUGGACAUGUAUCCAUUGACUACAGACCAGAUUCAGAGUUGAGAGAACCAAAUGCAACUAAAACUUUUGGAUAAAUCCUUUAUUUUGAUCUCAACUUAGAAAUUCGGCAACUGUCUGCAAGGAUGAAAGUGACUGCGGAUGUGCCUGUUUUGAUACAUUUAACACUUCUGACAUUGGGUAAACAUUCUAUGGGGCAACACAUGGAAGUUUUCCUUUAUCUGCAGUUGAUCAAAUUGGCCUUACAUAUAGACUCUCAAAAUAUAUAAACACUUACAAUAUUCAUUACUCUGAAUAAGCAAAGCAUGUGUAGACUCAGAUAGGACACUCAUAACCAAUGUGUAAAUGUCGAAAUACGGUGGUAGAUAGAUGCCAUUUAAUGUUUGAAAGAGUCAUUCAAUGGUCUAUUUAGGUUAGUUACUGUUUAGCACACUCUUGAAAUUUACACUGGAUUAUUCAGACUCCUAGAGAAGCAUAUAGGAGUAAAAUGCAUGAUAAAAUAUAAAAGGCUGAAUAUUCUUGUUAUCCCUGUGAGAAUUUUCUCAAAAAAGAAAACAUUCUCAAAUAUAUUAUAAAUUAUAUUUAUUUGACACAAGUGUGUUAGGCUUCUAUGUACAAAAUGUCAAAAAUAUCUAUAGUUAAUAUCUAUCAAUCUUGUGCAACUUAUUUUCAAUUGAAGGUUGCUUUUGUCUGCAUGUGUGCAGUAUACAUUGCCAUCAUAAAAUUUGAAUUUUAACGAAAAGGUAUACAGGUAUAAUAAACAUAUUAUGGUUAUUUUGGCAGUUUUUACAGCAAUCUGAAAUGUACACACUUAAUAUUAUGGAAUUAUUUAUUUGGUUAAAAAUUCUCAUAUAAUCAUUUUCACAGUCACCCAUACGCUAAACGGAACAUGGACCUCACAGAACUCACAGCAAUAUAUCCUAAAUGUACUGUAUAUCAGGGUUUGGGUCAAUUCUGAGGUAUUGUAUUUUUAAGGGUGAGUGAAAAUACACUCAUUUAAUCAUUAAAAUGGUGAAGAAUCUGAUGAAGAAUACAUACAGAAGAAGCAUUCAGUAAGACUAAGAAUUACGUGUUUGGCCAUCACAAUUGUGCAUGUGUGCUCUCUAUACAUGGUGUAACCAGUUGCCCAUUUAUUCUAAUUCGAUUUUACAAUCUUAUUGGCCACAUCCCCUUUGAAGUCCUACAUUUAUUCAUUAACAUAUGGUUGUUUUUUUUUUACCUCUUCUAUUCUUUCUAAAAUACCAGAAUGCAUUAGUUUGAAUCUUCCAGAAUGUAAGUUACAGUAUCAACAUCACUUGACAAAAAUUAAACAAUAAUCUUUUAGACUGGAACCAAAUAUCUUCAAAUAGCAAUAACACUACUUGAAAAGGUAUCUGUAUUCUUUGUUGUUGUUUGUUAAUAGUCAUAAUAAUUUCCAGUGUGCCAUGUCCAAUACAAAAUUUAAAUGAAUGGGUUAAAUUGCAUAGACUCCAAAACUGCUACCUUGACCCAAACCCUGGUUUUAUUAUGUUCAUGUAUUUCACUGAUUUACUUGUCUUUUGUGACUUCACUAUACAGACACAUUUAGAAACAAUUUCUCCAGAAAUCCUCUGAAAUUGCUAAUUUUUUGAGAACUGGCCAGAAACACCUGCAUUACCUCAGUUCUUUGCAAGAACUUACUGUAGAAUAUGAACAGCUAAAUAAUGUGAAUGCACAGGGAAAUGCAUUUGAGGAAUUUGGGCUGUUUACCAAUGGGUGGCAUAUAUUCAAUGGAAUAAUGUACGUAAAUCUUUUGCAGAACUUACAGUAUAUUGUUACUCAUUACACGUUUUUGUAAAUAGAAAAUACAUGCUUUUAUAAGAUUCCUGAUUUGAAUCAAUCUAAGACAGAACAGCAUGGUUCAUGUUUGUAUUGUAUUACACAUUUAUUGUUUUAAUGGCAGCAACAAUAUUUAUUACAUUAUUAAGCUUGUUCUCAUAUUUAGAUAGUACUUAAAAAAUAAAAACAUUAAGCCACCACCAUUCACUUCAAAAAUUUACUUUUAUCAUAAUUGAUUUGUUUUCUGUAUACCUCCCCUGUGUUUACCUCAUUCAUUCAUUGUAUUUCUUACAAAAAAAAGAGAGCUUUAGAUACCACAUUGCCUCCUUAUAGUUAAAAAGAUACUACAUUAUACUAAGCUUUACAUUUAUUUGUUUAUUACCACAACCUGUCUUUUUAGUGAAGGCGCCUAUGUCAAAAGGAAGAUCAAGCUGUCACUCCUAAUUAACCAUUUCCUCUCUCCUACACCCAUGCACACAUAAAAAUACAAGUUAGGCAGCCAAGAUGGACAGCAAGUUUUGAGCAUAAGAUAACAGAUGUUUUCCAUGCACACUUUUUUCUCCAUAUUUGCUACUGUGGUCAUUGUACUAUUCUCUAGUAGAAUCCACACAAAAGACCAACUGUGGCUAUAAUACCUUAUAAUACAAUUGUCAGAAGGAUUGUGUAAUUGAGUCCCUUCCAACCACAUGCAUUAUUCUUGCCUCAUCCUGAACUACUUGUUCUUACCCUACUUCCUCUUAGGUGCAGGUAAAUUGCUUGAGUUCACAGAUUCACAACCUUAGCAAAACUGCUAGUUUAUGGUGCACUUGUAUUAUUCAUUUAGCUUCAGUUUUACUGCUUCCCUCAGUGGCUUUUAUGUCUGGUGUCAAAGGUGCCGUAUGCAUUAAGAAUUUUGAAAGGCUACUGUAUGAAGAAUCUUGUUAGGAGCAAAGGCACUGUUUCCAAAGUUACAUGGUGUACUUGUGUGCAAGAAUGGAUGUUGAGAAAAAAUGCUAAGACAAUCUGUUUAGCAUAAAAUAAUUACAUUGAUUGCAGAUUGUAGGUAAUGAGUCAACCACUAAUACAAAUUUUUGCACUGUAAA